AUUCUACUUAAAUCUGUUUUUGGCAAAUUGCUGCUCCUUUUGGUAUGAAGUAUCUCUCUGAUAAAUAAUUCUCUCUUUAUGCCCUCCAACUAUAUGUGAUAGGGAAUAUUUCCCUACAUUGUGUAGAAACAAAGUUUCACUCUUUUCUCUCCUUUUUGAGAUUCCUGGUUUUUCUUCUCCAUCUUUAAACCACUCGCUCUUUACCUAUUUUUCUCUUUGAGUCAGCACAAAAAGCUAUGGAUGAUCUGAUAAUCUCUCCUUCUUCAUCUUCUUCUCUAGUCUCUUUAACUCCUGAAACUCCACCUCCAACUCUCCAGCAAAGGCUUCAGUUUUUAGUCCAGAGCCAACCAGAUUGGUGGGCUUAUGCCAUUUUCUGGCAAAAAUCAAACGAUGAUGAUGGCCACCUUAUGUUGUCUUGGGGAGAUGGGCAUUUUCAACCCACCAAACAUACAUCCCUUAAACCGAACAACGUUAGCAACCACACUAUGUCUUCUUCUUUAAAUUUGGAGAGAAGAAGGGUCAUCAAGGGAAUCCAACAAGCAUUCAUCGGGGAUCAAAGCCAUGACAUCCAUAUGUCCAUGAUGGACGGCAGUGAUGUCACGGAUGCUGAAUGGUUCUACAUGAUGUCACUCACUCGAUCCUUCAAUGCUGGAGAUGGUAUUCUUGGAAAGGCUCUCACUACAGGUUCUUUGGUGUGGUUAUCUGGGGGCCACGAAUUGCAAUUUUACAACUGUGAAAGAGCUAAAGAAGCACAUAUGCAUGGCAUUGAGACUUUGGUAUCCAUACCAACUUCAUGUGGGGUUCUUGAAUUGGGCUCCUCUGAUUUCAUCAGAGAGAGCUGGGGUCUUGUGCAGCAGGUGAAGUCUCUUUUCGGAUCAGAUCUCACAGCAGCCGGGCCAAUUCAUUUCCUCGACAGAAACAUCUCUUUUGCUGAUAUUGGAAUAAUUUCCGGAAUACAAGAGGAAGAUAUGGCCACAGAGGAGAAGGUGGAUUCAGAACAUUCGGAUUCUGAUUAUCGAUUACUUCCAGCCACCAAUAUUACAGAGAAAAAAACACCCAAGAAAAGAGGAAGAAAACCGGGUCUUGGAAGAGAAACACCCUUGAACCAUGUUGAAGCAGAGAGACAGCGGCGCGAGAAGUUGAACCACCGAUUCUACGCACUGAGAGCUGUGGUUCCGAAUGUGUCAAGAAUGGACAAAGCUUCGUUACUCUCUGAUGCAGUGUCUUAUAUAAAAGAACUCAAGGGCAAGAUAGAUGAACUUGAGUCACACCUACAAAGAGAGUCGAAGAAAGUGAAGGUGGAAACUUCCGAUAACAUGGAUAAUCAGAGCACAACCACAUCUGUGGAUCAAACUAGGUCUAGCUCUGGUGAUGGGUUCAAUCUAGAAGUUGAAGUUAAAAUUCUGGGCAACGAUGCUAUGAUUAGGGUCCAAUCUGAGAAUGUUAAUCAUCCAUCAGCUAAGUUAAUGGGAGCUCUACGUGAUCUGGAGUUUCAACUUCACCAUGCCAGUAUGUCAUGUGUCAAUGACCUCUUGCUUCAAGAUGUAGUCGUUAAGGUCCCCGCAGAAUUCAAAACUGAAGGAGCCAUCAGAUCAGCCAUUGUUAGUAGACUAGAACAGUAGUAAGCUUAUUAUUAUAAUUCGUACCUAUAAUCAAAAGGUUUAUGUUCUUUAAUCUCUAUGUUGAAAUGAUGGUUAAUCUUGAAGUCAGUUUGCUCUGUUUACAUGCGUUGUAAAUUAUGGGGAAGAGAUGAAGUUAAACAUUUCUGUGUA